AUGGAAUCCUCUCCUCUCAAUCGUCUGCCGGAAGAAACCAUCCACCAGAUCUUUUUCCAACUACCCCUCCGUCAAAUCGCCGCCUGCAAGUGUGUCUGCAAAGCCCUCUCCUCCGCCCUCUCCUCACCGUCAUUUCGCGACCUUCUGUCCACCCAAUCUACCUCCCUCUGCCUCCUCGCCCUCAAGCCGUCCGAUCGCCACAUUUCCCCCUUUCCCAACCUCCAUGCCUUUGACCCUGCGUUGAAUCAGUGGCUCAGAUUCUCUCUCUCUUUCCUUCCGUUUUCUUCUCUCCAUCCAAUUACUUCCUCAGAUGGGCUACUGUAUCUCUGGGCUGCUCUACCCCCUUUGCGAAAUUCUAAUACUGCCCAUGUGAAGAAUUCUUCCCAAAAGUCCCUUGUGGCUUGUAACCCUCUGACUCGCCAGUUCAAAAUCCUCCCGCAGCUCGGUUCGGCUUGGUCUCGCCACGGCUCUGUUUUAGCUGGUUCGGGUACAGUCUUUGUUCUUACAGAGCUUGCCGUUCUGUAUUAUUCUGAAAGUAAUGACUUUAAAAAUGGGGAUGUGAAUUGUGGUGGUGUCUCGAGUAAUUGGCUUAAGUUUACCUCGAACUUACCAUCAAAGCCUCGGAGCCCUGUUAUGGUAUCCGAUUCUAUUUUGGCAUUGUGUGAUGUCGGGUCGCCGUGGAGGUCACAGUGGGCUAUAUUUAAGACGAAAAUCACAGAUAUGGAGAAAACGAAGCAGUGGGUGCGGGUGGAGAAAAAGCAGUGGGGCGACAUCUUUGGCAUUUUGAAGCGGCCGCGAUUAGUGAAGGCCAGGAAUGACAAGAAAGUUUACAUGGUUGGAGGGUUAAAAAGCUCGUUUGCUCUCCAAAGCUCGUGCGCAACCAUCUUGAUAUUGAGGCUGGACCUGGAGAGCUUGGUGUGGGAGGAAGUUGGGCGAAUGCCCAUGGAAAUGUAUAGGCGUUUCAUGGAGAGUAGUAAAUUUAAGGUGUUUGGUGGUGGGAACAAGGUUUGUUUUUCAGCGAAAAGGGUUGGAAGGUUGGUUCUAACCCUUCUUUCGCUCCUCCCCUUUUCCGAUUGGAGGUGGAUUGAUGGUUUAUCUGGGAAUGGAGAUGGCCUUUGUCGUGGAUUUGUAUUCGAGGCGAGGCUUGAUGUUGUGCCAUAG